UCGCCUUCGGAGCACGUGUCCUCCCCUGCGUCAGCGCUGGGUAAACAGAUGACUGGCUCUGCGCCGGGCGGGGCUAUUUAAGAGCCGGCCGCCCUCCCGCCCUGAACUUGGCUGGACGGCAGCCUGCGCCGUGGAAACCCGGAGCGUCCGCAUCCACAGGUUUCCCGGAGUCGGAGGCACCAGCGCUGGACCUGAGACCGUCUCGCCAUGAAGUGCAGCGUGCGUCUGUGCGUGCUGAUGGCAAUCCUGGCCGCGGGCGCCCUGGCGCAGCCGGUAGCCCGAGCAGCAGCCGCGGAGCCUGUGGGGCGGCGGGCGGAGGAGGCGCCCCGAAGGCAGCUGAGGGCCGUGCCCAGGACGGACGGCGAGCCGCGGGCACGCCUGGGCGCCCUGCUGGCGCGGUACAUCCAGCAGGUCCGCAAAGCUCCUUCUGGCCGUGUGUCCGUUCUUAAGAACCUGCAGAGCCUGGACCCCAGCCACAGGAUAAGCGACCGGGACUACAUGGGUUGGAUGGAUUUCGGCCGGCGCAGCGCUGAGGAGUACGAAUACCCGUCGUAGCGUGCCAGCCCCUCAGCCCCGCUUCGAGGAGGCGGGAUGAGGAAACGAUCACGCCCCCGUCUCUGCUGCUCCAGUGUCUAUUUAUUCAGUUCCCAGUGUGAAACCUGUCUGUUCAGAGUGUGCAACACAGCCAUACACCUCAGCCCAGCCUCGCGGCCGGGGCACUGUGCUCCUGCAGUGACUCCCAGGCCUAAUGUUGCAACGCUAUUAAAGAGAUUUCCUUCUGCCCCUCA